ACUCAAACGUUCAAACGGAAACUUGCGUGAGCGAUGUCGAGGGGCGUGGUUUGAGGCCCCGCCCCCUCGCGCUCCUGUGACACAGAACCCCGGGAGAACAUACUAGAACCUCUACCAUCACACACAAACACACACACACAGGAGACGCCAAAGUCAUGCAUCCAGCGGCUGCUAAGUGGUACGACAGACGAGACUUUGUCUUCAUUGAGUUCUUGGUGGAGGACAGCAAGGAUGUGAAUGUCAGUUUUGAGAAGUCCAAAUUUGGUUUCAGCUGUCUCAGCGGGACGGAAAACAUGAAGUACUCAAAUGAAAUUGACCUUUUUGAAUCCAUCGAUCAAGAUGGGUCCAAACACAAGCGUACAGACCGGUCGAUCUUGUGCCGUUUACGGAAAGCAGAGUCUGGAAAAUCCUGGCCCAGGUUAACAAAAGACAAAGCAAAGCUCAACUGGCUUAGUGUUGACUUCAAUAACUGGAAAGACUGGGAGGAUGAUUCAGAUGAAGAUUUGUCCAACUAUGAUCGCUUUUCAGAGAUGAUGGGCAACAUGGGAGGAGAAGAUGAUUUACCUGACCUCGAUGGAGCAGAUGAUGUAAGAUUUAAAAGUUUCUUCAUAUAAAUGCCAGAUCUGGAAUAAGCGACUGGCACGCUGUGGACAGACAGAGGAGGAGAGGGGGUGACAUUAUGAAAAGAGGACGCUGUCACCUAAAUACGACAUGAUCUGAAUGAGAGCAAAGCUGGAUUCAAUGAUUGAGUUCAUGAGCAUCACCUCUGUCUCAGUGGCUGCACUCCAGAAGAUCGUCUUAAACCUCUGUUGGGAGAUAAUAUGCAUAUUGUUGUACAGAGCUUCGUUGUCUCUCUCCUUAUGACCAGUCCUGGCUUCUUUCCUUUUUUUUUUCUUUUUAAUCCGUACUAAAAAUAUGUAUACUUAAGCUGUUUGGAAAAUCUGCACUGUAUUCAUUUUUUUUUUCAAUCAAAACGCAAUAGAUGUGAUAAUCUUUUUUUUUAUUGUGAGUCAUUGAAAUUAAAAUGAAAAGUGAAACUUUGCAGAGUUGGAGAGACUUUGUGUGAAAGCGUAAGAAUGAUUCUAGAUUUUGGAAACAGUUAUCUGACACAAGACUCACCUUCCUAAUAUACUUCUCUUCAUAUAUCUCUUGAGGUGGUACCAGGUUUGUUGGCUGUUGAUGUUUUCUGACUCUCCGAGUUUUCUCAAAGUCUAUAUUAGCACUGUAUUCAUAUUGGACCAUUAAUGUCUUUCAUAUUAUGACAGCAGUAUAUGUGAUCUUUUUAAAUGUAAAAAAAAAAUGGGAACACUGAAAAGCAUUGUAUGUGUCCGAAUAAGUCUAAAACAAAAAAAGACCAAUAAGUUUGCACUAACAAAAUUAGGUGUUAAACAGGGCUAUGUUUUGUGCACGCUGCUGGUUGACUCAUCAAUGUUUCCAAAAGAAAGAAAAGAAGCUUCCAAUUUUGUCUACAUAUUUCUAAUAAACUGCUCAAAGUUUA